CGUUAGUUAGUUUGGAUCGUAGAAAGAUUAGUUGCUCAUGAAAAUUUAAGAGAGAACGAUGGAUUCCGGUAAUUUAUUUAACUUUAGCGGCAGAGUGAAAGAUGAACCUUGCGACGAGUCGCUGGAUGAAAGUGAUUAUAAAAUGAGUACCAAUGCACCUGACGUUAAAGAUUUUCCAGACUUCAAAGAAUAUUCAACGCUUCGAGAAUGUAAUGAAAAUCGUGAAAUCGAACGUGACGAAAUAAAAAUUGAAUUUGAGUGUAAAGACAUGAAGCCGAGCACGAAUUUAUUUGAAGUUACGAAAAUUGAAGAUUAUUCUCAAAAUCAUUUGCAACAUAUAAAAAACAGCGACGAUUAUGCAGCUCAAAACAUCAUUCCAAUAGGAACCGUGGACAAGGUGAAAAAAGAAGUGAAUUUGAAUUUCGAUUGUGAACUCGGUGAAAAAAAUAAGAAUAGAAGAGAUUCAAAAAAGUUAAACUAUACCAAUACAAUAAAAACUCACAUCGACGUCACACGUGCAUGCAAUACACGUGAAAAGUUAUUUACACAAAAGUUGAAUCUCAAAACUCACACUAAUACGAUGCACAAGGGUGCCACAUAUACAUGUAAUAUUUGCAGUAAGAAUAUCUCAACUAAAGGUAAUCUCAAAACACACAUCAACUCGGUUCACAGUAAAAUAGUGCAUUCGUGUAAUUUAUGCGGAAAGUUUUUUUCUCAAAAACGGUAUCUCAAAACCCAUAUUGAUGACCUGCACAAUGGGGUCACACAUGAAUGUGAUAUUUGCGCUAAGAAAUUCACACAGAAAAAUAGUCUCAAACGCCACAUUGAUUUGGUGCACAAUGGUAUCACUCACUCAUGUGAUGUAUGCGGCAAGACACUUUCAUCUAAAAGUGAUCUCAAGAGGCACAUCGAUGCGUUGCAUAAUGGUGUCACUCAUACAUGUGACAAUUGCAGAAAGAAAUUCACAAGCAAGAGUAAUCUCAAAAUCCACAUAGAUUCGGUGCAUAACGGUAAGAAACAUACGUGUGACGCGUGUGGAAAGAAGUACGGACGAAAAAUUAAUCUCGCGGCCCACAUCGAUGUAGCACACAAUGGUAUCACUCACUCAUGUGAUGUAUGCGGCAAGACACUUUCAUCUAAAAGUGAUCUCAAGAGGCACAUCGAUGCGUUGCAUAAUGGUGUCACUCACUCAUGUGAUUUAUGUGGCAAGACAUUUUCAUUUAAAAGUGAUCUCAAAAAGCACAUUGAUGUCGCACAUAAUGGUGUUACUCACUCAUGUGAUAUUUGCAGAAAGAAAUACUCAAGUAAAAGCCAUCUCAAAAAUCACAUUGAUGUCGCACAUAAUGGUGUCACUUCUACAUGUGACUAUUGCGGAAAGAAAUUCACAACCAAGAGUAGUCUCAAAAUGCAUAUAGAUGUGGUGCAUAACGGUAACAAACAUACGUGCGAUGUGUGCGGAAAAAAGUACGGACGAAAAUUUAAUUUAAAACUCCACAUCGAUGAGGUGCAUAAUGGCAUCACUUAUGCGUGUGAUUUAUGUGAAAAAAUGUAUAAAAAUCGAUCUGGUCUCUAUAAACAUGUUAAAUCGUCGCAUAAUAGUACCACCCAUGCAUGUGAGAUUUGUGGAAAGACGUUCGGACGAAAAAUAAACCUCAAAGCUCAUAUUGAUGUGGCACAUACCUCAAGCACUAUGACUGGAUAAAUGUAUAAAAUGUAUUUUCGAUUGUAUCAAAAACGACGAUAUCAGAUUUUGUAUGUUUUUCUGAAGUUCAAUUUGAUAAUUUUCAUUUUAACGAUAUUAUCAACUCUUUCUACUUAAUGUUAUUUCCAUAUGUAAAAGCCAAUAAAUUUUUAGUAGAAAAAGAA